GCCGAGGAAAACAGGCCAAAGUCUUCCCUCCGCCUCUGUUUAUGAACCCGCCCGCGUCGUCUCCUCCUGCAGUACCCUCCCACAGGGCUCUGCUGGCCAGGCAGGAAAGCGGUCCAGCCCGGGCUGACCAGGGCACAGCGGGACCCCUGAUCGGUGGAGUCCCCCCGGCCGGCCACUGCAUCUGCUUGUGAGCGCAGUCUGUCCCCGCCUUCCCCGCAGCUCCCCUCCUCCUACCCGCCAUGGGCCUGGAGCUGUACGUGGACCUGCUGUCCCAGCCCUGCCGCGCCGUGUACAUCUUCGCCAAGAAGAACGGCAUCCCCUUCCAGCUGCACACGGUGGAGCUGCUCAAAGGGCAGCACAUGACUCAGGAGUUCUCCAACAUCAGCGUGCUGCAGAAGGUGCCCGUCCUCAAAGACGGGGACUUCGUCUUGACGGAAAGCAGUGCCAUCCUGAUUUACCUGAGCUCCAAGUACAAGGUGGCGGACCAUUGGUACCCAGCUGACCCGCAGACCCGCGCCCGAGUCCAUGAGUACCUGGGUUGGCACAGUGACAACAUCCGCGGCACCUUUGGUGUGCUCCUCUGGGCCCUGGUGGUAGGACCACUCAUGGGGGCCAGGGUCCCUGAUGAGAAGGUGGAACGCAAUGAGGCUCAGAUGAACCAGGCUCUGCAGUGGCUGCAGGACAAGUUCCUGGGGGAUAAGGCCUUCCUCACUGGCCAGCAGGUGACACUGGCUGACCUCAUGGCACUGGAGGAACUGAUGCAGCCUGCGGCCGUGGGCUUCGACCUCUUUAAGAGGCAUCCACGACUGGCAGCGUGGCGUGGGCGAGUGGAGGCUUUCGUGGGUGCUGAGCUGUGGCAGGAGGCCCAUGGGGACAUCCUGACCAUCCAGGACAAGGCUGGCAAAAAAGCACUCCCGGUACCCGCUCCAGAGGUCAAGCAGAGGUUGUUGGUUCGUCUCACUAAGAUCCCCUGAGUGGUCCGAUCAGCGAUCAAGACAAGAGCCUUCCGGUCACUGGGCCCUUCACCCUCUCCGUCCUGUCCACUCCCUUGCCUGGGUCCCUUGUCUGCCCUGGGGAGGAGCCCUGCACAGGAGGGGUCCCAGGUCCUUGGGGGUGCUCUGUAGCCGCAACAAACAGAACCAGUCGGUGACAUACAUAUAUACACAUACAUACAUAGCUCCUAGAAAUCAAUAACAUGAAGAACAACAAAUAAACGUAAAGUUGAAAAAUAACAAAAUAAAAAAAAUGUAAUAUUGACAAACAUCUGUGUUUCAAGUAUAAGUAAAGAUUCUGAAUGUUUUGAGGAA